AUGCAGUUCUCUCUCGCCUGUAUCGCCGCCAUCUUGGCCACCAGCGUCUCUGCUGCCCCACCUCCCGCCGUCAACAUGAUGGCCGCCAGCCCCCAAUGGACCAUCGAGAGCAUGCAGCGAAGCUGCGCCAAGGACGACAGCUCCUGCACCUGGAACUUCAAGAUCAACACCCACAAGGGUGCUGCCACCGGCUGCAAGUACGUCGUCAAGGGCAGCAAGGCAUCUCAGCGCAACGGAGGACCGGUCAAGUGCGGUGACUACACCAUCACCUCUGGCUGGAGCGGCCAGUUCGGCCCUGGAAACGGAUUCACCACUUUCUCUGUUGUUUCUUCCAAGCGACAGAUCGUCUGGCCUGCUUAUACCGACAAGCAGGUCCAGAGCGGAAAGGUUGUUAAGCCUGAUCAGUCUUAUACCCCUGCCAACCUUCCCAACUAA